UAACCAUUAAUUACACUGCAUUAUCAUAUUUACCAAGUUUUUUACUAGAAGAAGUAUGUUAGGCUUAGAAGAAAAUAUUUUCCUUUAAAACAUCUACGCAGCAUAUUAGUAAAAUAUAAAAGAAAUAUGUUAAAACUAUUACAAUUCAUUGUAUUAUUAUUGUACUAUGCAAGAACAGUGCAGGCUGCACAAGAUUACUGGUUGGAGAAGUAUCACGAUGCCAAGAACGCGGAUGAAGCUCCUACCAGGAUUCUACAGCUGAUGAGGUCUUACUAUGAAGAAAACCAUGCGAGGAUUACUGCUUUGAACCCCAUGCGGUUCAUGUAUGAAGAGAGCCCAUACUACGAGCAGGGUUAUGUAAUAUCAGAACUGUUGGAAAGGUAUAGAAAACUGGUGGAAAUGAGUCAGAGAGUCUUCACUUUUAAUUCGGAUACUUUCUUUGAUUCAAUCAAACGCGUCGAAUGGGCUCAAAGAUUGUACUUCGAAAUCUACCAUCUGGUACGAAUGAUGCACGAAGUACCGAAGAAAUGGAGACAUCAUCCUGAGUUCAGCAUCACGGAGCAGAUAAGGCCUGAAGGCAUGGAUACAGCAUCAAUAUCAGGAGUUCCAAUCAAAGGUGAGGAGAAGGAAGGUGGACCUUCAGCAAAAGAGAAAGCAUUCCUUGAUGGAAUGAAGAAUACCCUCGACAAUAUGGCCAAAAAGAGAGAGAAAAAUAGAAAGAAGAAACGCAAGAUUUACAAGCAAAUACGGGAGGCGUUCCUAGCUAACUUGACUGACAAAAUGGAUUACUCGCAAAUUUAUAAACAUAUGGAGAAGAAAUAUAACACACAAUGGCCUAUUGAUUACGGAUGGGAGAUUGACUAUGAAUGGUGAUGUGCAUUGUCAAAGUCAAAAAUCAAAGUCGAAAUCAAAAUCAGAAUCAGAAUCAGAAUCAGAGUCAGAAUCAGAAUCAGAAUCAAAAUCAGAAUCAGAAUCAGAAUCAGAAUCAGAAUCAGAGUCAGAAUCAAAAUCAGAAUCAGAAUCAGAAUCAAAAUCAGAAUCAGAAUCAAAAUCAGAAUUAGAAUCAGAAUCAAAGUUAAAGUCAAUGUCAAAGUCAAAAGUGAAAGUCAACGUCAAAAUGUUUUAUUUCCAACAGACCAGAAAGGCACUUUUGAACGUCAAAGCAAAUAUAUAUACAAUAUUAAUAACGUCUGUCUGUCGGUCAGUCCUCUAGUUGCUCUAUUUGCUCGUUCCAAAGUGUAGAUUCCUAUGGAGAAGAACGAGCAAGAAACUCCAUAGGUUACUCUUUUUCAAUCAGAUUCACAAAACAAUUCUUGGUUACAUGGUUUAAUGUAUACACUUGACUUUGAACUCAAUUACACUAA